AUCGCCGCUACUUGGUUCCAUCUGAGGCCCGAAGGCGACUGGAGCCUUGUCCACCACUUCUGUUUACCCUUCCAACUGAAACGAGUCACAUUUCCUGCGUGAACCGCCGGACAUGUAAUCAAGAAAGGCUGCCACGGGAAUCCGCGGCUGGAUGGAUAGCAUCGGAUCCGGAGGAUGAAGUCAUGGGGGAACGAAUGAGGAAUUGUACUUCCCCUGCCUUAAUCCCACUGAUUGUAUUGCCGUAUCUAGAUAACGAUUUUGCCCGACAUCAAGGGAUGGUGCCGUGCCAUUGAUUCCCCAGUGGUGUCUUGAAUCCUGGCCAUGCUCCCGUUCCUUCAACUGUAUUCGAGGCCGCACAGCUCUCCGCCUUCUCGUUCCUCCCGGCGUGCGGGAGUUCUGCUUCGCAGCCAAGCCAGGAGAUAUGCACACCACCCCGGAACAAAACAGUUUCGCCCGGGUUUUCCAGGGAUCCUCCUCGACGAACGCUGCAUCAAGAGUUCCGCCAUCUUGCAAGGCUGCGGGUUGCGACUACUCGGUUCAAGCGUUGCUGUGCGUUGUGCAUGAAACGGAAACGAUUGGGAUUCAGUGGAUGAAUGGCCUGUUAUCGAUCAUGCAUCAUGGGAAAGUGGUGCCGUGGGGAUAAAGAGGGGGCCGGUCAUGUAAUGC